AUGGCGACAACUAGCUGUCACCCAGCAGUCCACGCGGCGACAGCUAGCAGGCACCCAGCUGUCCACGCGGUGACAGCUAGCAGGCACCCAGCUGUUCACGUGGCGACAGCUAACAGGCACCCAGCUGUCCACGUGGUGACAGCUAGCAGGCACUCAGCUGUCCACGCGGCGACAGCUAGCAGGCACCCAGCUGUCCACGUGGCGACAGCUAGCGGGCACCCAGCUUUCCACGUGGCGAAAGCUAGCAGGUACCCAGCUGUCCACGCACCGACCGCUUUCGCUUUUCGCGAUAGACACAGUUCGUGGUCAGUUUCCAUUGAAGCAACUCGUAUUUUUGGUAUGUCUCGAUUCUCAACGCGCGAACUAGCGAUUAUUGCUAUUGGACUUGACGAUGAAGAUAGAAGCUCAAAAAACAACAGACGAAGAUUUUGGGUGCAUAAAAUGCGGCCGAACGGCGGGCGCGGCGCAGCGACCGCUAGCUAG